AUGGCCGCCGCCUGCUACGAGAAGGAAGUGGUGGUAGGUGCCGCCAUUCACCACGGACACGGACACCACCAUCACCACCAUCACCACCACCAUCAUCAUCACCAUCAUCACGGUAACGAAGUCGUCGCGUCGUCCGUCGGCGGUGUGACCGGGCAGACAGUCCUGCCGGCGACGUCCACCGGCCUCGACGACGCUUCCGUCGUCACCGCCGCGGCCGCCGCUGCCGCUUCCGCUUCCAGCAACCCCGCCGCAGCUACCGCGGCGGCGGCUGCGGCCGCCGCUGCCGCGGCCACUGCCACCGCCGCGGCUGCCGCCGUGGCGAUCAACAGCUACAAGGUGCAAGAAUACAAGGACUACUCGCAACCGCUCCACGUGGACUGCAGCGUCGAGUACGAGCUACCGAGCCAGGCGAAGCCACCGCCCGGUGGCGGCGAGCCCCUCCUAAUGAUCCAUCCGUGCUACUAUCGACGCGCCGAGCGCGAGAGGAGGAGUCCCUUCGUCAAUAAUUUGCCGCCCCCGGCGGCGCCGACGACGACGCCUAUGUCCGCCUCCCGCAGGAACGGUCGCAGGAGCGCGGUGACGGCAUCCGCGUCCGCCGGCAUCGCCGCCGUGACGGUCGCCACCGCGGCAAUCGCGGUCGCGGCGACUUCCUCGACGACAACGACGGUCGUACCGCCGUCGAACAACAUCGUCGUUUCCUCCAACGUCGUAUCAGCUUCCGUCGUGUCGCCGGCGACGUCCAUUGCAUCGUCCUCAGUCGCCGCGGCGGUGGUAGCUGCCGCGGAUUCUGGUAGCGGCCUCAUAUCCACGAGCGGUCAGAUGUCCGCUGUCACCUCGUAUCGCACGGCACUCAAUGUUGCAGCGGUCACGUUGUCUCAGCAACAGCAGCAGCAGCAGCAGUCUCAGCGACGGCACCAUUCCCAACAGCAGCAGCAACAGCAACCAUCGGCUCAUCAUCAUCAUCACCAUCAUCACAGGAAUCAUACUCAUGCUCCUCAUCAGCACCAACAACAGCAGCAGCAGCAGCAGCAUCACACCCAGCAGCAACCUCAACAACGACCCGUAACACCAACGGCAUCCGGUACCGCCAACCUCAUCUCCGCCGACGAGAAGGCAGUCAUAUCAGGUAUUUAUCAACAUUACUUCCGCGCCAUGCGCGCCCACAAUCAUCAACACCGCCAGCAGCAGCAGCAGCAGCAACAGCAGCAGCAACAUCGUACCACUACUACUCAUCAGCUCCAUCAUCAACCUCACCAAAGCGAUCGAAGUUCCUCCUCUUCGUCGUCGGUUACGUCUCCGACGUCCGCGUCAAUCUCCGGUAUUCUACGGCAGACUUAUCAGCAGGCGUACAGCAAUAUCGCAGCCACGAGCUCGGGCUCGGGCAGCCAUCUUCGCGCCGGCACAUCGGCGAUCUCGGCGGUCGCCCAUCAUCCCUACAGGCGACCGUCGGUGACGUUGCUGUCGCGAACGGCCUCGCAUAUCGGUCAGCAGGUCUCCUCUUCCUCGUCCUCCUCAUCCUCAUCCAUCUUCGGUGCUUCCAAUGGCGUUUCCGCCACGGCCGGCGUCUCCAGCGUAUACGCGAGCACGAUACACAGGCAUCACGCGACCUCCCUGCACGCACUCCAGGCCGCCGCUGGCUUCUACGAGACGCCGAGUUAUCAUGCCCUCCUGCCCCAAAGUUAGACGACA